AAGUUUCUCCUAUAUCUGCUUCAUCUGGUGAGAAAUUCAAUGAGGUUGUAGUACCUCCAUCUCACCCAUAUUAUUUAACACCUUCAGAUUCACCUGCAAAACAACCUGAUAAAUGUUAGUUUUGACGGAUCUGGUUAUGGAAACUGGAAAAGGGGAGUUCUCAUCUCUUUAUCAGCAAAAAAUAAGCUGUUUUUCUUAAUGACAAGGCUAAAAUACUAAAGGAAGACUCACCAUGGUUUGAACAGUGGCAGAGGUGCAACGACAUGGUGAUUGCUUGGCUACUCAACUCUCUUAGCAAAGAGAUCUCUGAAAGAGUAAUCUGUUGUUUAACAACAGCAGAUUUAUGGAAUAAAUUACAAGAGAGGUAUGGACAACCUGAUGGGGCAAAACUUUUUCAGUUACAAAAGGAAUUGAACAACAUAUCACAAGGUAGCAGUGAUGUGGCUAUUUAUUUUAACAAAUUGAAAAAAAUAUGGGAUCAGAUGAAAAUUCUUAAUACCUUCAUGACUUGUACUUGUAAUUGUUAGUGUGGAACAAAAACACACAAUCACAAGAUGAAUGAAGACAUGAAAUUGGUUCAAUUUUUUAUGGGGUUAAAUGAAGCUUACUCAGGUUGUAAAGGGAACAUCUUAAUGAUGAAGCCAUUUCCCUAUAUUAGCCAAGCUUAUUCCAUUAUCUUACAUGAUGAAUCCCAAAGGGAAGUCCUUGCUGGGAAUCUAGUUAUACCAGAUUUAGCAGCUUUCAAUGCAGCAAAAUGAAGUCAACAAAAGAACAAUAAUGUAACCAACACAACAUCACCAAGACAGGAAAACUUUAGGUCAAGAAACAACCUAUUUUGCACCUAUUGUAAAAGGACCAACUAUGUCAGAGAGAAGUGUUAUAGGUUGAUAGGGUACCCAUAGGACUUCAAAUUCACUAACAAGCCAAAGAGAACUCAGUACAAUGCUAAGGAAAAUGCAACAACUACAAAGAAAGAUGUACCUACAGUGCAGAAUGCUGAGGAAAACAAGAUUUCUGCAAUGUUGAGUUCCCAUGGAUACACCAAAGAUCAGUGCGAUCAUCUACUUCAGAUGUUCCGCACUGUACAUUCUAAGAAUUUGAAAAGUGUUAAGAAUUCAGAUGGAAAUCAAUUUGCUAACAUGGCUAGACCUUCUUCUCAAGAAGAAUCAGAUUUUUGGUGAAGCUGCAGCAGGACUUUAUCUACUGAGAAGUGACACAUCCAGUUCCUCACCUAUCAAGUCUAAUCAGUUUUCUAAUUCUCUUUUACCUAAUCCACAUGCUCAGUCCAAGUAUGUAGAGUCUAGUGAUCAGUCUGUUUUUGCUUCACCUAAGACACAUGCUCAGUCCGAGCUUGUAGAGUCUAAUGAAGAGUCUUUGUUUAAUGUUUCUGAGAAAACUUUGAGUCCUGAUAUCUGUACUGAAUCUUACAUCAAUGCGAAAGACAAUGUUUCUGAAUUUUUUGAUUCUCAUAAAUUAUGGCAUUAUCGACUUGGACAUUUAUCUCGUAGUUCUAUGAAAUACAUUAAGGAAAUUCUAAUCCAACAUAACAACAAACAUGAAUUCCCUUGUGACAUUUGCCCUAUGGAAAGACAUUGCAAACUUCCAUUCCCAAGUAAACAAAUAACCACUACAGAUCCUUUUCACAUGAUCCACAUAGACCCUUGGGGGCCUUAUAAGACUCAGACAUAUUGAGGAGAAAAAUAUUUCUUAACUAUUGUAGAUGACUACACUAGAACAACUUGGACCUUUCUCAU